CUCGAAAACUGCAGCAGAAACGUAGCCUUCUGUUGGAGGAAGAAGUGGAAGAGGACGAGAUGAUAAAACAAGUGCCUGAGAUGAGCAUGCAGUCCACUGUCAUCAUUGAAGGAGUUGAGUACAAGAUUGAGAGGCUGAAUGGAAGGAGCAGCCAGGCUCCAGCAACUCGGACCUCAGAGGUGAAUGAGAACAACAGCUCACAGAGGAAUUCACUGGAAGAAGGAAUGAAGCCUGAACAGAGAACGAACUCCAUGUCUGGGUUGAGUCCAUUCAGUCUUGCAGCAGGGGAUGCGUUGGCCCCCGUGCGCACAGCCAAAGCAGAGCGGCGGCACCAGGAGAGGUUGCGAAUGCAGAGUCCUGAGCUCCUGAGCAGCCAAGAGAAGGAACUUUCUCCAGCAGAACGUCGUGCUCUGGAGGCAGAGAAGCGAGCGAUGUGGAGGGCAGCACGGUGAGACAGAAGGAGCUUCAUCGUUUUCUUUUCUAGGCCAGUUCAGGGAAGAAUCCGGGGUGUUCAGAUGGGGAACAGAAAAACUUCCCUUAUGCCAUAUGUUUGCAGAGGUUGUAGUUGCACAUUUCUUCCGUUCAGACAGUGCAGAGCAUCCGCUGCUUGGCUCAACUCAUCUGCUUCUGACCAGCUAUGUGAGUGAGAAGUCCCGUAUUCCAACUGUGUCUGCACAGACCUGAAGAUAGGGGAGUUUUACUUAAAAAACCCAACAAUUCUUAUGUCUGUGUGUGACAGCGAAUGCAUCUCUUGCCUUGCAGCACACCAUUCCCCAUCUCUUUUGUAACACGAGAAAGAUCACAUCUCUCCAAGCUGCAGGCUGACGUAUCCAAAACGAAAAACAGCAAGAACGUUUCAUAGAGUCAGUGUUGCUAGGCUGCUAGGUUUGCUGAAGUUAAAAAAUGAGCAAGAUGAGGGAAUUUUUAUCCAUACAGGUUGUAUUGUGAGCUACGACAGAGUGAGUCAGCAUCUGUCUUGAAAGAAAGAGAGCUUUCAAUCUGAAAUGCUCUUUCUGGGGAGGUUGAAUGGGAGGCUUUAGAAGAACAGCAAAGCUAAUGACUCGCCUUUGCCAGACUGCUCAGUUGGAUGCUGGAGGGAUUGGUGUGAGGUGAUACAACCUAAAACCUUCAUGUUUGAGGUGAGGUGUGGAUCCUAAUGGUGCCACGUCCCUCUGGAGAGGCUCUGGGGAUGAAGAAGUCUUUGGGUGGAGUUCACAGUGAUGACGGCUCACCUGGAGCUUUGCAGAGGGCUCAGCUUUCCAUUCUCACUUCAUCAUAGGACAGAUCUGCUUGUGGCUUUGAUUAUGCUUAUUUAGAGCUGUGCUGAGCUAACGUCUGCAGUUACUGAGGCUCUUCCCCUUUAGAAGAACACUUCCUUGGCAUGCUCCAGCUCCAUUGCUGUGGAUGAUCCCUUUACCUGGUCUUUCUCAGCUGUUGUUUUUUUCUAUGAAGCACUACCUUAAUUCCAGUGCAGUGCUCUGCAGUGUCAGAAGGCUGAUCAGCUCACUGAAAAGCUUGCCAGUUAGAGUAAACCUUCAUUUGGAAGAGUGAUUUCUGUUAUCUCGUAGCAUCCUUGCUGCACCUUUGAAGCUGGCGCUGCUUGGAGUGGUUUUAGGUGACCUCCAGAGGUCCCUUCCAACCUGGGGGAAUUUGCACUCAGCAAUCUCUCCUUUGCCUGCACCCCAGAAAUGG